AAUAAAAUUAUUAUAAUCUAUCAGUUCGAUCAGUGAUCAUCAAACUUCGAUUUAUUGCGAUUCCAAUCAUAUUCUUGCUCUCCGCACACUAAGACGAUGGCGACCAAAGCCUUAAUCAUCGCUGUUUUGGCCAUUCAAUCAAACAUCAUUGCUGGGUUAGAAUGUUCAUCACCACAGGCGUCGGGAUAUGAACAGAAAGGAUAUAGUUCACCAGCAUACCCGUCUCAGUCAUCAUCAUACGAGCAACCUAAAUACCCAGAAGCUCAAUACUCAGCUCCUUCUUACGCUGGAAAUCCUCAAUCAUACUCUGCCCCGGCUUAUGGUAAACCACAAUCUUACUCUUCCCCAUCUUACUCUGCUCCAUCAUACUCUACCCCAGCUUAUGGUAAACCACAAUCUUACUCUUCUCCAUCAUACUCUGCCCCAGCUUAUGGUAAACCACAAUCUUACUCUUCUUCAUCAUACUCUGCUCCAGCUUAUGGUAAACCACAAUCGUACUCUACACCAUCAUACUCUGCACCAUCAUAUUUAGCACCAUCAUAUUCAGCACCAUCAUACUCUGCACCAUCAUCAGCAUAUGAAAAACCACAAUCUUACUCUGCUCCAUCAUCCUCUUCUCUUUCAUACUCUGCACCAACCCCAGCUUAUGGAAAAUCACAAUCAUACUCUGCUCCUUCUUAUCCUACCUCAUCUUACUCAGCUCCUUCUUACACUGCUCCGGCUUAUGGAAAACCUCAAUUUUACUCGGCGGCCUCAGCUUCUUCUUACGAACAACCCAAAUACCCAGCAUCCCAAAAUUCAGCUUCCGCGUAUGAUGCUAAGCCGCAAUAUUAUUCGUCUCCUGCUGCUUCAUACAACAAACAAUCAUCUGCAUCAGCUUACCCAUCCCAAUCAGGAAGUCAAUCGUCUUACCCAAGCCAAAAUGCUCACACUGAAGAGUCUUAUGCUCCAGCCCCCUACAGUUUUGAGUACAGUGUAAACGAUGAAAAGACAUACGACAUCAAAAGCCAAAAGGAGGAAAGUGACGGUUAUCACGUAAAAGGAUACUACACGCUGUUGGAGCCUGAUGGUUCCCGCAGGACAGUUGAGUAUACAGCUGAUGAAAACGGUUUCAACGCCGAUGUGAAAAAAGAAGAAGGUAGUGGUUACAACAAAGCUGCACCAGCCUAUAACAAAGACAACCAAGUCUAUAAAUCUACGCCAGCUGCUUACAACACUCCAGCUCCUUACAAUGCUCCGGCUGCUUACAACGCACCGGCUGCUUACAAUGCACCGGCUGUUUACAACGCACCAGCUGCUUACAACGCACCAGCUGCUUACAACGCACCAGCUGCUUACAACGCACCGGCUGCUUACAAUGCACCAGCAUACAACAAACAAGAAUCAACAUACGGUGCACCUAACAAUAAGCAGUAUGAAGCACCAUCAUAUUAAUAUUAGUUCAUUAUUUGUUAAUACCAUUAGCAUGUUAAAUAAAAAUUAUCAAGUUGUGUAAAUUAA